AUGGCGGAAAGCCGGAAGAACGAAUCCACCUCCACUGGACCGAUUUCGAAUGUGUUGGGUAUCUUUGGUCUCUCCAUGUAUACCACGGAGAAAACUCUUCAAGAAAUCUACGAGCCAUAUGGUAAUGUCGAAUCUGUCAAGCUCAUUUAUGACCGCGACAGCAGACGCUCACGUGGGUUCGGAUUUGUAACAUUUGAAUUGGAUGGAAGACCAAUUCGAGUCGAUUACUCGCGUACCCGUGGCCCGCACGACCCGACGCCUGGACGCUACAUGGGCAAGCCGACAAGGUAUCAUUCUGCGUCUCCUCUUAGCUCUAGUCGCCAACCCAGACCGCCACACCGGGGCUCCUACUAUGGGGGCGAUGAUAGAAGACAUAGCCGCAGUCCGUAUUACGACGAUCGUGCAAUGUCGUCAUACUCCAGAAGAGAUGAUCGUGGUCCAUAUUACAAUAGUGGAUCUCGAGGGGCCGUUGACGACCGCUACUAUUCUCGCCCAUCAUCCUCGUAUCGCUCAGAGUAUCCUCGAGACUAUUCCCGAGAAUAUCCGCGAGACUAUUCAAGGGAAUACUCAAAGGACUACAGAGACCACUACUCGAGGGAUGCUCGCCGCGACGCUACCUAUCAUCCAAGGCGAGGUGCAUUUCACCAAGACCAAGACCGCCCCGGUGAUGCAAAUUCACGUCAGGGUGCUUACGAUGACUACCCCAGACAGUCGCGACUUCCCAGAACCGAUCGAUCACUAUCUCCUUGCUGA